AUGGCCAAAUCUUACGACCACCAGCCGUUGGAAAGUCACUCCUCGAUUCGUGUUCUGUCUGUCGCGCCUGCGCGUCUUCCCGAUGCUCAGAUCGAGUGCCAUGUCCGUCACAUCGAUCUCAAGAAAACCCGAAGACGGCCAUCGUACGAGGCACUCUCCUAUGUCUGGGGGUCUCCAACAGGGACGAUACCGAUAUUCUGUGAUGGCGAUGAGCUCCUGGUCACUCCAAACUGCCAUGAUGCUUUGACACGGCUUCGCCUUCCCCGGCGGAGUCGCACGCUUUGGAUCGACGCGAUCUGUAUUGACCAACGUGAGACUCCUCGAAGCACUCGCGAGAGGAUUGAGCAGGUCAAAAUGAUGGGCGAGAUCUACGAAAGUGCAAAACGCGUGCUGGUCUGGCUGGGGCCGUGUGAAGUUCUGGGGUCUAGCACCAAACUGUUCAGUCUGAUGAAGGAGUCGGGGAAUAUCUACAAUUGGCAGCGGAAGUCAAAAUUGACCUCCCUCGCAUUGAAACCUGUUGCGACUCGAUUGGAGGGGAAAUUUGAUGAGUCUCGAAGAUAUCGUCAAUCGCUAACACAACUCCUCGAAUCACCCUGGUUUACGAGGGCUUGGACCGUCCAAGAGGUCGCAUUUUCCAAGCGAUGCACAAUCUUCUACGGACCACUGGAAAUUUCUUGGCGAGCUUUGGCCGACGUCAGCUCCUACUUUUGCAAAGAGAUACGAACAAAUCAUACUGGAAAACUCAUGCAAGGCCGUCAGCUAACGAGGUUACUCGUCAAAGCCUACCCGAAAGAAGUGGAUGGGCAACUUGAUAGCUUUUCCAAAAAAUUGACGCUGUCGCUUCACCAAAAAAUGCAAUCUCAAGACCGCAACUUGUUUGGUCUGAUCAGCAUGCUAUCCACGACUGUGGCCCAGGAUCGAAUCUAUGGCUUAUAUGCCGUCUUUCGCAGAAUGGGCAUAAACAUACCCGAACCUAACUACUCAAAGAGCGUGGAGGAAAUAUUCGAGGAAACGGCGAUGGCAAUCAUUUCCGGACGAGAAAAUCUCAUGAUUCUGCUGAGCUGUGUGCGCCCUGAAGGAUACACUUUGUUGCCUUCAUGGGUCCCUGAAUGGACCAAGCCAUACCAACUACCAUUCGAGUAUCCUGAUCUGUCUGGGGUUGCGUUUUUCAGAUACUCCAAGCCAAUCUCGGCCUCUUCGACAAGUAAGACAAGCUUGGCAAACGCUCAAGCUCAGGGAAAGCUGGGCUUGCGCGGUUCGAUAAUUUGCCGCGUUAAAUCUCGUUUCGCUUCUUCUGUAGUUGGUAGUUUGGAUGACCAUAUUGCCAAUAAUGGCGGAUUGGAGAUACUCAGAGUGCACCAACAGUACUGCCGAGCUGUUCAAGCCACUUCCCAGUAUUCCGACACCGAUGGUAGAAUUGAAGCAGCUGGACGAACCCUUCUCCGAGCGCAUCUAUUCAAAGGAGAUGAGCUCAAGGCACCACUUGAUCCUUCCUUUCGCUACUGGUAUGAUUUGAUGCUCUAUCCAGAUUGUACCAUAUACAAGCCGAGCCAAGUGAAGGCGCUUGCAAAGGAGAGUUCCACUGAUGCGUCAGAGGUCAUAAGAGAUUACCUGUUGCAUUGUGCCUCUUCUGAAGAGAAGAGUCUUGAGGGACAAGUAUGGGAAAUGCAUGCUCAUAUUCUUGGGAUAGCCAAUUACGGAUUGCUCAUUUUUGACUCUGGCCACCUGGGCCUUGCUUUCCAUAACUGCAGGGAACAAGAUGUCGUCGCACUCCUGGCUGGUUCAUACCUCCCCGUUAUCUUAAGAGAGAGCGGAGAUGGUGGCUAUCGCUUCGUCGCUCCCGCCUAUGUGCAUGGGAUGAUGGGUGGAGAAGGGUGGCCAGAAGAUGAAUCCUCGCUAAUAGAUAUUACAUUAAUAUAA